GCUAAACAAGAAAACACCCAGACACCACCAACAGCUCCCUGGCGUUCUGGGCGAGCCGCCCACAACGUCAGCGGGAAAAAGGGCCUGCGAGCUUCUUUUCACAUUUUCUCAGCGGUUAAUGAAAAACCACAAAACAGAAAAAAAACACACACACAAAACAUCAACAAACCACCAACAAACCAUCAACACAGGCCAAUUUGAGAAUCUUCACCACCAAGGGAAAGCAGUUGUUUUUAUUCUUUUUUUGGAGGUUGAAGCAGGUCAUUUGAGUUAAUUGCGCGCUGGAAGAAUCUCCGUGACGGCUUUUGAAAGUAAAGAGGCAGCGUAGACACUGAGCUGGCGUGGGCAAGACGACAAGCGAACGGGCCAGAGUGGACAGAACGCUUUGAAAGGAGCUCAAGAACGAGAAGAUAACAGCGGCUGGUGUGUGGACGAAAGCGGACGAACAAUGGGGGAAUCACAAGGGCAUGGCCUUGUGAACGGUGAGGAUGUUCAAUUUGAGUAUAAAGAGACGCACACGUCGCAUUCUAACGGCGGCGGCUCAACCUCUGGCAAGGCCAAGGGUAAGAACAAGAAGAAGAAGGGCACUAAACAGGGCAAAGUGCAUGUCACUGAUGUUCAGCUGGAGAAUCCCGAUGAGGAUUAUCCAGAGUCGAGGGUGUUGAAACAGGACGUUGAUGGGUCUUUGCUGAUUCAGAAGAUGGAGCCUGUGAAGACAAAGAAGAAGCAGAAUAAGAUUGACACCCCUGCACAAAAUGACGAUUUGCUCCCCACAGACCCAGAAGAACUCAAUCGACAGUUGAGUGAAUACUGGAACCAGUUGACUGUUGAUGAGAAGAAGGAGCUGCUCAAUAAGGAGCGUGAGGCGGUGUUCAAGAUUAUGAGAGAUAAACAGAAGAUCACCUGUGAUUGUACGGUAUGUGGACGGAAAAGAUCUAUCAUAGAACAAGAGCUGAAGAAAUUGUACGAUACGUAUUACCAAGGAAUUGAAAACAACGAAAUGAUGUUGUCCGAGCUCUUCAACUUUUCUGAAGAGUCACCAUUGGCACAGAGGGAAGUUUCUUCUGAACACUCUUCAUCUUCACACAGCUAUAACCAAAUGCAACAACAAGAACAGCUGCAACAGCAACAGACAUUACAGCAACCGCAACGACAGCAAUCUCCUUCUAAACAGGACUCUUCAAAUACAGCUAAGAAGGGGAUCAUGACAAUAGCUGAGGAUCUCCUUCAGAAUGACGGCAAGAAAUUUUUGGAAAUGAUGGAGAGAAUUGCAGAGACUCAGAUUAAAAGACACACCGAACUUCUAAGAAAUACCCAAAAGGAAGAAGAAGACGAGGAAGAAUACUAUAGCGAUGAUAACGUUAAUGAAACAUAUCUGGAAGACUCUCAGCAUUUUGGUCAAGCUCAUGAUAUGUCGUUAAAUUCAUCCCUAAGACCAUCGUCGUAUAAAAUUCCUCCACUGGAAGACAUUGAACUCCCAGAAGAUCCAGUUAGCUAUUACUGGUCUAAAUCUGACGAAGAAAUGUACAACUCUGAAGAUGAUCCAGACUAUGAUCCAGAUGAGGACCCCGACCUCGAUGUGGAGAUGGAUGACGAUGAAAUGAUGCCAGAUGAUUUCGGUUUGUCCAUUUUGACGGAGUUCCACAGAGAAAUGUUGGAUUUGUUGGAAGAACAGCAGGAUAUGCUUAUCAGAGAUGGUUUGCAUUUGAAAAAUAAUGUACACGAUCAAAAAAUCCUGGAGAUGCACAUCGUCAAGCAGAAACUCUUACAAAGACAGUUGAAACAAGAACAUGAAAAGCUCAAACAAUUCAAGGAUCAACAACAGAACGCCGCUAUAGCGUUAUCAAACCAACUGGCUCAACUACAAGAAGAUGUCAAAGAUUUGGAUUUCGACGAUGAAGAGGACGAUGAUGACGAAUACCUUGACGAGGAUGAAGAGAAUUCCGACGAGGAAGAUGAAGAUGACGAAGAAGAGGACGAUGACGAAGAGGAAGAUGACGACUUGGGAGAAAAUGAUCCUAUAGAUGAAGAACAACAUUUAGCAGAAGGACGUGCAAUGCUACAACUGUGUGCUACGAAAAUGUUGAAACAGUCACUCUUACGUUCGUAUAAAGAUACGUUGAUUAAAAAACGGGCUGACAACUUGUUGGAGGAGUUACUCGAGGAUGAAGAACAACAACGUCGUAAAGAGGAGAAAAAACACAGAGAAAGGGAGAGGAAGAAAGAGAAGAAGAAACUCUUGAAACAACAAAAAGAGGAAGAAAGAUUGAAAAAGUUAGCCGAGGAGGAAAGAAUCGCGAGAGAGAAAAGAGAAGAGAUGAUUCGCAAGACCGAAGAAGGUCGUAGGCGGAAACAGGAAGAAGAACGUAAAAAACGAGAGGAGCAACGUCGUAAAGAGGAGGAGUUGGAAAAACAACGCAAGGCCAAAGAGGAAAAGAAGCGUUUGAAGGAGGAGAUGAAGAAGCGCGAGGAAGAGGAAAAGCUAAAAGAAGAGCAGAGGCUGAAAAAGGAGGAAGAUGCCAAACGCAGGCAACAAGAAGUUGCAUUGAAUCGUGAAUCAGAGAUUGAAAGUCAACGAGUUGCACAGCUUGAUGCUGAAUUGUUGAAACAUGAACAAGAAGCAAAGAGCAUUGAGACGCUGAGAUCGCGUGAUGGAUCAUUAAAGGGUGAAUCCAUCAACAUGAACAUGGAUAUUCCAUCGACAAGAUCAAACUCCAAUCUGUCAGCUACGGCUUCAUCGAUAGUAACAUCUGAUUUCCACCCACUGCCACCUAUCUCUAACACCUUGUUUGAUUCUGUUGUUCAACAGACUCCAUUCAUGGCCUCACCAAUGAUGGAGAGUCCUCAACCGACCCAAUAUAAUCCCUUAAAACAUAACAUCUUUGGGUCACCAUGGCAGAGACAAGGUUCGAAUGUUCAACUUUCAACCCAAUCCCUUGAGUCACCUUUACGUGGAAUGUCCCAAUCUCAGCAGGGCAUGUCACAUCAGCCACCUCAGGUUCAACCUCAACCUACUUCAUCUCAACCAGACUUCAAUACACUAGCUGGUGCCUUCAACAGCACAGCUAUUGGUGGCUCAACCAAUGGUUUAAACAACUCCUUUAUGCCGAAAGACACUCUAUGGGGAAAUAACGUUUCCAAUACAAAUUUAGCAACUGCAAAUGCAUGGUCCAUACCUCCUACCAAGGAGAACGAUUGGACAAGUACGCCAUUGAUGUCGCAAAAUGGUAUCUCGAAUUCAGCUCUUCAACAAAUCCCACAGAUAUCGCAGAUUCAACAGGUGCAAUCGAUUCCCGAGAUGUCGCCAAUCCCGCAAGCACGCCAUGCGUCACAAGUCCCUCAGGUUCAACACAUUCCACAAAUUUCACCAUUGGGAUUCCCAGCACAGCCUGCGCUUGGAACCAAUGACACGUUUGGUUAUCAGCAGCAUUCACAGUUAUCAGCACAAUCCCAACCACAGAACGCAUCUGAUGACAUUCAAAGAAUGAUCAGAGGCUGCUUACAAUCCAUCUACGCUGCCUAUCAGGGCUUACCAAAGAGCCAAGAUGGGUAUGUGGGAUUCGAGCAGUUGUUUGCCACUACAAAGAAGAUUUCUCCAACUGAGAUGAACAUUGAACUAUUCAAUGCGCUUUUCGAGGAGCCUUCUGAUGAGUUUUCACUAGAAGCUCAUUACUACGAUGGCUCAAAGAGAAUUCAAUUCGCUCGUGUGGUUCCAAAGCGUUCCUUCUCCACACCAACGGCUACAAAGACGACAAACCCAAUGGACCGUGGUGAACCACGCAUGAAUUCAUUCAGCGACCUUUCAAACAGUGGAUUCGGAGGCAUUGGAGUCAGCAACGGCUUUGACAGAAGAAGCACGUCUUCAGCAUCUGGUCAAGCUCAUUCUAUUUGGUGA